UCUUUCUUUUCUUUCGUUUUUUGUUUGUGAGUUUUUAACCAGCUAAACCAAUCAUUUUUAACAUAUCUUUUUCAAGAAAGCAAUUGAGUCUAGCAUAUGUUGUUAUAGUACACUUAGGAAUUGAAGAGAAGAGAGUUUCCUAAUGAUAAUGUUGUCCAUGCCUGAAGAAUGAAGACAAAUUGAUCUGAGUGCUUAGGGUGAUCAGGACCCAUGUCUUAGUGGAGAGACAUGGGCUUGUCCCAUCAUUGAUAAAGAGAGAAUAUAUACCAUCAUGUAAAUUUGAUCUCAAAAAGCUCUAUGUUGCCUUCUAUAUUUUAACAAAAAAAGUUGAAUUAUUAAAGUAUCCUUUUCCUUUUCUUUUCCAAUCUAAUAGCAAUCCUUAACUAUCUCUCUUUCUUUCUCUUUGAGAGACAGAUUUAUUUAUCCUAACUAUUUCUUCUCUCCAAAAAUACAUUCAGUCAGGCAUUAUUUUGUAUCUCUCCUAUGUCUCUCUUAUAAUUCUGAACUAGACAUUAUAUUUCUUUCUCUAGUUUUUCUAAGCUUGAAGAACAAAUGGGUUUUCCUCCUACUCCAACCCCAACCCAUCUUUAUCCUCAAGCAAUUCAACUUAAGCUUUACCAGGCUUUUAUAUUUUCAAUUCCUAUCCUAUUCUCCAUUAUUCUUUUUCUCUUGUUUUACUUGUUUUACCUCAAGAGAAGGGCUACUUCACUUUCUUCUCCUACUCAAAUUCUUCCAACAAUCUCGAGCCAGACUACUGCUGAUCAUAUCCACUCUAUUUGUCAAAUUGGUUUGAAGAAGGAGAUUAAAGACAAGCUUCCAAUUGUGUUAUUUGAUGACGAAUUAAGGACAAGAGAAUCACAGUGUUGUGUUUGCUUAGGGGAAUUCGAAAUGAAAGAGGAGUUGCUGCAAAUUCCAAGCUGCAAACAUGUGUUUCACAUUGAAUGCAUACAUCAUUGGCUGCACACGAACUCAACUUGCCCACUUUGUAGAUCUUUUGUAAUCCCCACCACAAAACUUGACAAUCAGGUACAAUCUGGUGGAUCUGAGUCACCAUUAGAGCAAGAUAAUGCUAAUUUCAAUCCUCAGAUUGCAUCAUCAGAACAUCAACAGCAGCAGCAGCAGCAGGAAGAGGUCUGCGAUGGCCUUAUUAUACCUAUUGAGGGAUCAUCAAGCACAGAAACAUGUUCAAUGGAUUCUUCUAGCUGUCCUGAGCUUCCCAUUUCUGCAGAGAGUAGAAGGAGCUGCUCUAGUCAAGAAUCUGUAGCUCUAAAUAUCCAAACAUAGCAAUACACUAAAGAAAUUAAAUUUUUCCUUCUAUAUGAAGUUGAAAAAGUUAAUAAAGUAUCUAGAUAGGCAAAUUAAGAGCCCUGGAGGCAUACACUAAAUACAUAUGAACUAUCUGUAAAAGUGAGCAAAUUCUUUUUGCUGCAUUAUUGUAUUUCCCAAAAUUUUCUUGGAGGCAGUUUAGGUUGGAGGACUAGCAUUGUAUCAGAAUCCUAGGAAAAAGUUGUUUGCAAUUGCUUAAAAUUACAUCGGAUGAUAAUGUAAUUAAUAUAAUUUUUCUUAUUACUACAAAAUAUAGCAAAUUGCCA